CGAACAGUAUGGGUAUAUUAAUAUUAAUUAUAGAAUUUCUUUAGGUAUGAACCUUAAAUAAAAAGAAACUCACUACCCACCGCCACAUCUCACCUUCUAAGGUCGAGGAGGUCUAAUAAAGAUUACACUGAGCCAACCACAAUCAGAGUGCAGUGCAGCAAGAUUUAAUAAAUGUUGGACCGAGUUAUCCACCAAAAGACUACACCCUAUUUACACAACCAAACCCCCCAUAGCACAGCCCAAAUCACAAACCCCCCACUCCACCAAAUAAACCCGAGAUACGGCGAUCUCAGCAUCAACAUUAUAUCCAUACAAAAAGUGUGGGUGUGUGUGUGUGUGUGUGCGUGUGCGUGUGUGCGUGGACGAGAGAGGUAGAGGGAGUGACUGGACUAAGCUACUAAAUUGUCCCACAGUCACAAAUUAAAGACAUGGCGCCCCCCGAGGCAGACGUGUUUGCUCGCUCCGCUCUAGAAUGCCGGUUUUUACUUCUUUUUUGCACUUUUUACUUUCUCUCUGCAGUGCACAAAUGCCAUGCACUGAUAACCUAUGACAGACAAACGUUACUGGACAUUGGAUUGCAAGAUAACCCGUGUUUUAACGGAUUUAUACCGCCGGAGCUGCAGCCCAUUGUUCGCUCCCAAAACCACCGCCACCACCGCGAGGCAGACCCAGACAUACCGACCGAGAGCGCGUGUGCUGACCCCAGAAGAGCGCUUCGGAGGCGGCGACGCAAGCGGGGCAAGAGGGGAGGGCUACAUGCUAGGCUAAAGGCUCGUGCUAGCAGACCACCGGUGCCUAGCCUCUUGCUAGCUAAUGUGCGCUCUCUGGAAAACAAACUGGACGAGCUGAGAGCAAGGAUUACAUCGCAGCGGGAAAUGAGAGAGUGUUGCGCUCUGAUUUUCACUGAAACCUGGCUCUCGGAUAAAGUUCCGGACAGCGCUAUUCAGUUCGAGACUCACUCCGUACACCGGGGAGACCGGACGGCUGCCUCUGGUAAAGCUACAGGAGGAGGUGUGUGUGUGUUUGUAAACAACGCGUGGUGUAGAGACGUUCAGACAGUUCAUCAGCACUGUUCACCAGACGUGGAGUUUCUCCUGCUUAAAUGUCGUCCCCACUACCUUCCACGGGAAUUUUCAGCUGUGUUUUUAUGCUCUGUUUACAUUCAUCCACGAGCGAACUCCACAGCAGCGCUCGGUGCACUCCAUGACGUCAUCAGCGCGCUGGAGACGGCUCACCCUGAUGCCGUCAUCAUCACAGCUGGUGAUUUUAAUCAGUGCAACCUACGGACUGUAUUCCACAAUUACUAG